AUGCCGGCAAGCUGGGUUGAUAUCAGCGUUGGCGACGGCACGUCCAUGGAAGGGUAUUUGACCCAACCCGAGGGUGAUGGCAGUCAUCCCGCCGUCGUGGUUAUCCAGGAAAUCUGGGGCGUCAACUCGCAUAUCCAGGCAGUAACCGACCGUCUGCCAUCUCAGGGUUAUGUCGGGCUGGCACCCGCCAUGUUCCACCGCCAGGGGCGCAUGAUCGCCGGCCUGCACGAGGAGCUGCAGACCGCCGUCGGCAUGAUGCAGCAAUGCAACGACGCGGGAAUCCUGUCUGAUGUGAAUGCGGCGGUCAGCCACCUCAAGAGCCAGAACUUCGUAAACGGCAAGAUUGGCAUCGUGGGAUUCUGCUUCGGUGGGCGGGUCGCCUACCUCGCAGCCUGUAACGUCUCCGACUUGUCAGCGUCCGUCGUAUUCUACGGCGGUAACAUCGGCGUUGCUCUGGGAGACGGGCAGACUCCCCUAGAACAGACCGGAAGCAUCAGCUGCCCGGUACUGGGGUUGUUCGGCGAGGAGGACGCGAAUCCUACGCCGGACUUUGUCAACGAGAUCGACGCCGAGAUGACCCGCCUCGGCAAGACCCACGAGUUCCACCAGUACGCUGGAGCAGGACACGGCUUCCACUGCGAGGCGCGGGGCAGCUAUCGCACGGAGGCAGCGCAGGACGCGUGGGGCAAGGCAAUGGCCUGGUUCGACCAGAACCUCAAGUAA